AAUAUUUUCUUAUUGUCAACAUUAAUGACAAGCGAGACUUUUAUGGUAGACUGUUAAUCUGUCGUAUGUUUUAAACGCAUUGUAUAUUUAAAGAUUAAGCGAAACAAAAUACGAAUCAAGUCUGCUUAUUGUCACAUCGAAAUCGUGCGCCAGAUUCAAAGAAUGUUUUUCUCAUCUAAAAUAGCUCGUUUAACACGAACUUAACGAUAACUAAACACCACCACACCAAAUUAAGUCAAACAUAACAAUUAACAAAGUCUAAUGUAAAAAUGUUUUAUAUUUAAUUGAUUAAAAGUUUUUUUUUCUUCUGGAAUUGGAAGACUCGAACACAUGAUUGCUACACGUUUUUGUUUUAGUCACUAAAUUAGUGAAGUUUGAUUGUUGAACAUGGUUGAUCGAGUGUCGGAAUUGGGUGAUGCACUUCCGUUGUUUGCACCAGCCGUACAUCAUGUUGAAAUUUGUCUUCAUCCAUGUAGCACUGCUAAAAGUUCUGUAGUGAAGGACCAUGUCUGUAAACUGCUGCACAAACAGAAAGUUGCGUAUAGUGACUUUACAAUCACAGAAUUCGCAGAUCAGUUUCUUUCUGAACAUGUCAAGUCUGUGACCUUAACUGACACAGAUAUUACAUCACACGGCAAAACGGCUAUUGACCUGAUCUCUGACACGAUACACAUGCACGUGUUUCACUUGGACAUGGGAGGGCCGGGAACGGAGGAACUCGAGGAAGAAGAAGACCUCGCGGCAGCUAGUCAAUGGCUGCUCCCAUCAGCAGACUUCGAGGGUCUCUGGGACAGUCUCGUGUUUGACGAUGCCAUCAAAGAAAGAUUACUAAAUUACGCCAGUACGACUUUACUUUUCUCCGACAGAAGUGUCAACCACAACAUCAUCAGCUGGAACAGAGUGAUACUUUUACAUGGUCCGCCGGGUACAGGGAAGACCUCGCUGUGUAAGGCGUUGGCGCAGAAGCUGGCAAUCCGACUCUCGGACCGAUACACGUACGGUCAGCUGCUGGAAAUUAACAGCCACAGUCUCUUCUCCAAGUGGUUUUCAGAGAGUGGCAAACUUGUGAUGAAAAUGUUCCAGAAGAUUCAGGAGUUGAUAGACGACAAGGAAUGUCUCGUCUUUGUCCUCAUUGACGAGGUGGAGAGUUUAACGUCAGCUCGUAAAAGUGCAAUGUCGGGAAAUGAACCAUCCGAUGCCAUUCGGGUUGUGAAUGCUUUGUUAACACAGAUAGAUCAGAUUAAAAGAUAUCCGAAUGUGUUGAUCCUAACCACCUCCAAUGUGACUGGUGCAAUCGAUGCUGCCUUCGUUGACCGUGCUGAUAUCAAACAGUACAUUGGUCCACCUUCUCCGUGUGCAAUCUUCAAGAUCUAUCACUCGUGUUUACAGGAACUCAUGAGAACCGGCAUCAUCAGCCCCUCUCAACAGCUGUUUGAUCUCCAGGCCCUCGAAGUGAUGAGAUUCGUCGAGAACGACGCAACUCGGCUCAGUCUUCUCCUACGCAACGUUGCCAUCAAGAGUGAAAGUUUAAGUGGCAGAACACUGCGAAAACUUCCAUUUAUAGCACAUGCUGUGUUUGUACAGGCACCAAGUAUAUGUCUGGAAGACUUUAUAGCGGCGUUGUCAAAGGCUGUGGACAGACAGUUCCAAGAAAGAGAAAACCUUGCAAAAGAUUUAUGAGAUUUGACACACUAAUGUUGAAUUUUUACGAUUAUGUGAACGGACGGUGAAUUGUACAAAGAUCCUGAUUACAUUAAUAUGUAAAUAGAGAGUAGUAGAUGCUGAAUGAUCAGUGUCUGUAUUUAUCUUAUACUGAACUCCAUUGAAAAUGCAUCAGUUGGAUUUAUAGUUGUAAAAAGGAUAUAAGAAUGCUGAAUAAUCAGUGCCUGUAUUUAUUUUAUACUGAACUCCAUUGAAAAUGCAUCAGUUGGAUUUAUAGUUGUGAAAAGGAUAUGAGAAUGCUGAAUAAUCAGUGUCUCUAUUUAUCUUAUACUGAACUCCAUUGAAAACGCAUCAGUUGGAUUUAUAGUUAUGAAAGGAUAUGAGAACACAAAAUAAUACAGGGCUAGAUAUGGAUAAGUGGAGCAUUUUAUCAAAUUAUCUAUUAAACUAUAGAAACCCAGUUAUGUUUUUAACAAAAUAUCAGUACAGGAAAUUAUUUUGACAAAUUAAACUACAGAAACCCAGUUAUGUUUUAAACAAAAUAUAUUAAUUAUUACUUGAAAUUAUUUCGCAAAUUAAAAUAAAAUUUGCCAAGUGUCUUUAAAUUUGGCUAUUGGCAAAUUUGGAGAGUGCCAGAGCUAGAUAACUGGAUGUAUUCUGGUAAACAAAAAUAAUCCCAAAAUUGUAUACAAGGGUUAGAGUAUUGUGUGUUUUACGGCUACCUCACACAGGGCACAAUAUUUCACGAGAACCGUUGUUCUGUUCAUAUGUCAGUUAUGCGACUUUAAAAUCAUGUGAAACGCCAAUUGGUUACGUGAGGAACAAAUAAUUUCUAAAAUUAAAAGAUCCCUAUGAGAAGUCAAAUUGAAACUCAUUUUAUUUUACAAGUGUUUUACAGUUCGGUAUGUCUAACUCAUCAGUUACUAUCAGAACUAUAUUCACGUAACCGAACAAUCGGUUACCUAAGUAAAGCUCACGUGAACCGACUUCCGGUUACCUAAGAUUUUGAAAUGUUGUCCCCUGCUCAUACAUAAGAUACAAUGUAGCAGUAACGAUUGAAAAUGGGUGAUGUGUUUUGAGUUGUGUUCAGUAUAUAACAUUGUGUGAAGUAUCUGAAAAUAUCAAUGAAAUAAUAGUGCUGUCAGUCACUAGUGCAAAUGACGGCCAGAAGCUGUUAUUUCCACAGUAGAAGGUUUUGUAGAUAGAGAUUAUUAUACAAGCUUGUGUGUCAUACUAUUUUUACGAAACAAGUGUCAGGAUUUUUGUAUUGCCCGAGCGAGAACGAGGAUAAUACAUGAAUCCUGACACGAGUUUCGUAAAAUCAAUAUGACUCGCAGACGAGUGUAUUAAUUUCUUUAUUAUCCAUAGUAUUAUUGUCGUUUUCUUUAUGAAUAACAAGACCCAAUUCAAAAUGUUUCAGCCACAACUAGAAGGAGAUGACAAAAUGACGUCAUAUUUCAAAUGCACA